AUGGCGCCGAGGUUCAAAGAUGGGGACGCGGUUGCGGUGGUGAAUGGGAAAUGGGUGGCCUGGGCCCACACGGCAGUCGCAUAUACUGCAUUCUUUAGUGCCCUGCUGGUGGGGAUGAGCCUGCAUUUUCACAAGAUUGUCCAGAACGAACACUACGGCUAUCCUGACGAAUGGUUUCCUUCUGUGUCAGCAACUAUCGGUGAUCGAUAUCCGGAACGCUCAUUUUUCCAAGUCUUCAUUGCCAUUACAUCCGGUCCUCGAUUCGCUUUGGUCUUCCUUUGGUACCUGCUCACCGCGCGCCCCAAUUCGACUCUUCCCAAGUUUAUUGCCGGCGUUGGACUCUUCCGGACGUUUACCUGCGGAGGCUGGACAUAUGUGACAUCGACGGAUGACCACGAUUGGCACGAUAUUUUCAUGAUCUCGUACUUGGUUGCCACGUUGCCUUGGACUCUGGGCUGUCUGGCCCUUAGCCCUAACAACCGCCGCGCGGUGAAGUACCGUAAGCUCUUUGCGGGGCUGUUUUUCGGCACUCUGGUGCCGUUGAUUUACUAUUUUAUCCAGCACAAAGUGCACAAGGUGCCCGGAGCCUAUACCAAGUACGCGUUCUUUGAAUGGUCUCUGAUACUGUUUGAUGUGGGUUUCGAUGCUGUUACUGCACUCGACUUUGAGGCAUUCGAGAUUGUGGUGAGAGAUGUCAAAGGAAUCAGUCGAGGACAGUUGAAGACAACUGCGGACUCUGUCCUCGAGAAAGAGAAGGGCAAAUCUGUUGGAAACACGUUUGGUGAAGGCUUCUUCUGGGCCGAGGUCAUCGAUGCCGCAGCAGACGCUUACAACGGGUUCGUUUACUGGUCUAUUUGGACCGCUCUCGGUGUUCUUGUUUGGUAUUUCCCUCUUUGGUACAUGGGCAUCUCUGGGUAUGAGGUCGCUAUUCUUAGUUUCAUUUCGCCGGUGCUCCUCGCCAUCCCUGCCUUCAAAUCUCUGGCCGUCAAGAGCCCGCGUCUUUUCCAUUUCCUGUCUCUGUCUGGACUGCUUGCAUAUAAAGUGCAGGAUCCCGCCAACCGACUUUUCGUUGUCAUGUUUGCUACUUCCUCUAGCUGCAUCGCAUUUGCCGCUACCCUGUACGCGGAAAGGGCGCAGAGCGCCAGACUUGAAUCCCGAAUCUUCGCAUGGGGCAUUGGAUUGAUCAUGUCGAGCGUUGCCAAAUUCGCCUGCGCAACUAAUAACCCUGUCUGGCCCAUUGUGCACGCCAGCAAUGGUGGAUGGAACAAGAUUGGACUGCUUCUUGCGGUCCUGGCUGGGCUUAGGUCCUUCAGAAGACCUGCCACUAGCGGUGGAGACUACUUCCCGUCCGGUGGCAAAAAGGGUUCUGCUUUGCUCGCUGGACUAGGAGUGGGAGGCUUGAUCUUCGCGAUGCAUUCCCUCCUGUCCGAUUCUAGCACAAUGAUCUCCUGGGUCUGGGAAGGCUACCCAGUUCGCGGCCCCAUUGCUGUUCCCCAUGGUGCGGUCACGAUUUUCGCUAUGGGUGCUGGACUGGUCUAUGGACUUUUCUACCCUGAUGUUGCUGGCAGCUGGACCUUCUUCGGAAUUGGCUCCCUGGGCGCUGCUUUUCUUACCUGCUACAGCCACUGGACCGGAUUCUAUGGUGCUCUCACCCUUACAUUCUACCUCUUGGCUGUCACUCCGGUCCUCCUUUCCUCUGCCGUUCGCCAUUCUCCCGCUGCAGCCUUUGGCUUUGGCUUCUUCGUGUAUAUCUUCAUGCUGCUCUUCCAUGUCUGGGUUGUUGCGUACGCCUUUGUUCCCGGUGGUCCCCUCGUCCGAGAGCAUACGGAUUGGAUCAUGAUUACCACUAUGCUGUGCAUCGGUGCCGGUGUUUUCUCUGCGGCUGUCUCCAAGACAAGCAGCCCUAAGACCAGGGCCGCCAGCCCGAACGGCCGAAGACAGCGCUCAUACUACGUUUACGUGCUUGUCGCAUUGCAGCUUCUUUCUGUUUCGAUUGCCUACCUUCGGUUCCCUACCAACGAUUACAAACCGUAUCACAAGGAGGAUAAGGUUGCCACCCUUGGCAUCUGGACGGUGCAUUUCGGCCUUGACAACGAUAUGUGGGCUUCAGAGCGACGCAUGCGCGAUGUAAUCAAGGAGCUCGAGAUUGACGUUAUUGGCCUUCUGGAGUCGGAUAACCAGCGUAUCAUUAUGGGCAAUCGCGAUAUUACUCAGUUCUUGGCGGAGGACCUCGGCAUGUACGCUGACUAUGGCCCCGGCCCUAACAAGCACACUUGGGGUGCUGCUCUCCUGUCCAAGUUCCCGAUCGUUAACUCUACUCAUCAUCUUCUUCCGUCUCCUGUUGGUGAACUGGCUCCUGCCAUCCACGCCACCUUGGAUAUGUACGGCGAGCUGGUCGACGUUGUCGUCUUCCAUUCGGGCCAGGAGGAAGACCCCGAGGACCGUCGCCUGCAAACAGAAUAUUUAUCUAAACUAAUGGGCUCUUCCUCGCGUCCCAUGGUUUUGCUGAGCUAUCUGGUCACCAAGCCGCUCGAAGGCAACUACAAUACCUAUGUUAGUGACGUCAGUGGCAUGAAGGAUAUUGACCCGACGGACUGGGAUCGUUGGUGCGAGUACAUCCUGUAUAAGAACAUCAAGAGAACUGGCUACGCCAGAAUCAGCCGUGACUCUAUCACGGACACCGAAAUUCAGGUCGGCAAAUUCGUCAUCGGAGAACCUGAACCGGAGAAUGAAAUGAGGAUUCCGGAAGAAAUGGUCCCUCAGAGCCUUCGAUUCCCAGCCUUGUUCCGCGGCCAGGGAGUCCGCGGUCACCGUUACCAUGUGUUUGACGAACCCCGAUACUGGCAAUAA